UGAAUAGAGUGAAGAAGAACAGAGCCAAUGUAGUGGUAGUCCCUGGUAGUCUCUGCUGAAGCUUUGAAUGAACUGGAUCUUAUAGAUGUAGCCAUCUGUUUGUGUAUUUGUGACUUCUACCAGUGGAUUUCUUCCAGUGGACCUAUUGUUGAUGUUGGUGUAGCAUUGCCAAGCUUGUCCUUGCAGUAUGUCUAUUUCAGUGAUCAUCAAGUGGGGCGGACAGGAGUACUCCAUUAACACUCUGUCUGAAGAGGACACGGUGUUAGAUCUGAAACAAUCCAUUAAAUCUCUCACAGGAGUUCUGCCUGAACGACAGAAGCUCUUGGGCUUAAAAGUGAAAGGUAAACCAGCAGAUGAUGAUGUCAAGCUGGGUGACUUAAAGUUAAAGCCCAAUACCAAAAUUAUGAUGAUGGGCACCAGAGAGGAAAGUUUGGAAGAUGUCUUGGCCCCUCCUCCAGAAAAUGAUGAUGUGGUCAAUGACUUUGACAUAGAAGAGGAAGUAACUGAGGUUGAAAACAGAGAGGAAAAUUUGGCAAAGAUAGCUCGUCGAGUAAAAGAUUACAAAGUUGAGGAGUUAAAUCCCCCAAGACCAGGAAAAAGUUUGCUUGUGUUAGACGUUGACUAUACACUUUUUGAUCAUAAGUCGUGUGCCGAGACAGGCCAGGAGCUGAUGAGACCGUACUUACAUGAGUUUCUUACAUCAGCAUAUGAAGACUAUGAUAUUGUUAUCUGGUCUGCAACAAGUAUGAAGUGGAUCGAUGCUAAGAUGAAAGAACUUGGGGUGACCGAUAAUCCAAACUACAAGAUCACGUUCAUGCUGGACAGUUCAGCCAUGAUCACUGUGCACACACCCAAAAGAGGAGUCGUAGAGGUCAAGCCUUUAGGAGUAAUAUGGGGUAAAUACGGCGAGUUCUACAACAGGAAGAAUACAAUAAUGUUCGAUGAUAUCGGCAGAAACUUCCUUAUGAAUCCACAGAAUGGAUUGAAGAUUAGACCAUUUAUGAAGGCUCACCUGAACCGUGACAAAGACAAAGAACUUUAUAAGCUGUCACUGUACCUGAAGGAAAUCGCUAAACUGGAUGACUUCUCAAGUCUCAACCACAAGCAUUGGGAAAGGUACCUCUCAAAGAAACAGAAUCAAUGACACCAUGAACAUUGAAGAGAAGCAACGAUCAUUCAUCUAGAAAGGCUUCGUGCCAGAAACUUCUUCAAACAGCUGUUGGACAACAGAUCUGCUUAUUGCUCUCGCUAUCUUACAUUGCUCAACAUUGCAUCAUCUCUUUAUUGUGGCUCAUUACUGGAGAUCGUAGCACUUGUUCUCAAAAGAAACAAAAAAGUUUACCUCAAUGGUUAAAACGUCAAGGCAUUUAAAGCAAGCACGAUGAUCCUCAAUACCUCAAUUACUCCCUCAAACCAAUCUUCAUUGAAAUUUAUGUCAGCUAGUUUAGAUGUUAACGUCGGACAUUACUGUCAAAAUGAAAGAGAAUAUGAUGCAUAUGUAAUUUUAAGAAAAAUGUAUCACAUAUCUAAGUUGCACUUUUUCAUCAUGUAUUAAUUUCGCUAGUAGGUUUACAGACGUGAGCAAGUUCAUUUAUACUGAUGAUGCGGUUUGAAGGGUGUAAAGGUAAUUGGUAACACCUCUCAUAUAGCUGGUCUAACUGGUCUGGUCUCAUCGAAAGAAGCGAUACAUUCUGAACCAAUUGCAUAUUUCUCUUUCUGAAUUGAACUUUCGAAGAUAUUCAGUUCUUUAAAGCACACAUAAGAGGUUGAGUAAUGAAAGUACUGCUUUGUCGGCAGAUCUAAACAUGCUUGAAAAAAAAUCAAAUUUUUUUGUGUUUACAUGCAUGUUUUUAUUUGGAUUUUUGAUGUUAUUAAGUGUGACAGAUGGUCUUCAUCCAGUAAGCUGCCCUGACAUCAAAUAAGUUGUCAUACUGUAUGUAAGUAGAUAUGAUUCAUGUUAUUUUCCUCCUAGAAUAUUGAUUCCUCUGGUACGACAGGUCAAAAAGUUAACCAAGUUUUGGUAAAUUACCUUUUUUACAUGGUUACAUAACAGCGUGUUGAUAUUUUUUUUCCUGAUUUUGGACGUAUGUGUUUAGUUACCUUAUCAUAACUAAGUGUCAUGUGAUCAGUGUUGCAUUUUGUGUACCUGCAUUUCGUUCAGUAUCCAAAUAUGGGAACUGGAUUUAUGGAUGUAAGCUAAAUGUAAAUUAAACUAAAUUUGUUUUACAAA